AUGGGUGUUGGCGCGAUGGAGGCCUCUUCCCCGGCUGCCUUCGACGGCGACGGCACGAGCACGACCAUCGAGGACCUCCCGGCGGACGUCCUGGCCCUCGUGCUCCGCCGCCUCGACGGCGCGUCGCUGGCGGCCGUCGGGUGCGCGAGCUCGGGCCUCCACGGCCUCGCCACCGACCCGGACACGUGGCGGGCGCUCUGCCUCGCCAUGUGGCCCUCCGUCCGCGACCUCCUCCCCUGCCUAGGCCUCGGCGGCGCAGACGUCGACCACCGGGCGCUCUUCGCCGACGCCUUCCCCUUCCCGUGCUCGGACUCCCCAUCCCCUCCCCCGCCCUCGCCCUCGCAGCCGCAGCCGCAGCCCCUGCUGCCCGCGCGCCUCGUGUCGGCCGUCGACCUGCGCCACGCGGGGGUCAGCAUCCUCUCCCGCGUCGUGGAGACGGACGCCGACUCGGACUGGUUCCUGGGCGCGCCGUUCCGCGUCGACGCGCUGGUGCAGGAAGGCUUCACGCCGCCGACGGCCGCCUCGGCGUCGGGGAUCUCCCACGCCGACCUCGAGCUCAACUGGGUGCUGCUCGACCCGGCCACGGGCCGCGCGCUCAACGCGUCCAGCCGCCGCGCCGUGGCCGUCGACCGCAAGUGGCUCACGGGGGACACCGUGGCGCGCUUCGCCGUCGUGCUAUCCGGCGGCGAAGGCGGCGUCGCGCUCGACGCCGCCGUCACGUGCGACGAGCGGUACGGCCACGUCCGCGAGGUCAGCCUGCGCGUCGAGGACGCCGACGGCGCCGGCGUCAGCGGCAGGGACGGGCUCGCCGCCGUCGCCGCCGCCAUGGCCGCGCCCAGGCGGCGCGGGUGCCGCGGCGGCGCCGCGGCGGAGGACGCGGCGAGGGAAAGGUACGAGGACUUCGUCAGGGGGAAGAGGGCGCGCAAGGAGUGGAAGGCCAGGCGCGAGGGCAUCCUUGACCUCUGCUGCUCCGGCGUCGGCGCCGCCGCGUUCCUCGGCUUCCUGGUUAUGCUCACGUUCCGGUGA